AUGAUAGGAGAUCCUAUACAAAUUGAUAAUCCUCCACAAGAACAGUCUUCAUCUUCAUUCCCUGUUGCUUCUGGUUCUGGUUCUGGUUCUGGUUCCGGUUUAUCCUCACGACCAACUAGUGAUAUUGUACAAUUCCCCAUCAAAUUAAUCAAUUGGAGUUUAGAUUCACAAAAUCCAUCAAUAACUACCCCGAUUUUAUUACAAGAAAGAAAUGGUCCAUGUCCAUUAAUUGCUUUAUGUAAUACAUUAUUACUCAAUAAUGAUAUACGAACCAAUUCAUCAAUUAUUGUUCUGGAUGAAAAUGAUUAUAAAGAAAUUGAUGAUUAUAAAGAAAUUAAUCAAUUUGAUCAAUUGAAAAUUACAACUUUGAAUAAUUUUAAAAUUAAUAUUAUAAAUAAAUAUCAUAAUGUGGGUAAAAUUGAUUUACAACAAAUAUUAGAAUAUAUUGGUGAUUUAUUAUUAUUAAUAUAUAGUGAAAAUAAAAUUAAUUGGAAAAAUAAAAAUUUCACAAUUGAUGAAUUAUUAUUAAAAUUACCAUUAUUACAUACUGGAUUAAAUGUUAAUCCAAUAUUAAUUUCAGGAGAUUUUGAAUAUGAUUUAGCUACUCAAUUAUUUGAAAUAUUUGAAUUAAAAUUUAAACAUGGUUGGAUAAUUGAUCCAAUUAAUCCAAUUAACCAACAACAACAACUUGAUGAACAACUUGAUAAACAAAUUUGGACUAAUCAAGAAUAUGGGAAAUUAAUUAAUUUAUUUAAUAAAUUAGAAAAUUUUGAUAAAAUUCAAGAUUAUUUAUUAUUAGAUCAACAAGAAGAUGUCAAUAAUAAUAAUAAUAAUAAUAAUAAUAAUAAUAAUGAAAUAAUGGAGAAUAAAUUAUUAAUUGAAAAAUGGUUAAAUUUAAAUAAAACUCAAUUAACUAUUCAAGGAUUAAAUAAAUUAAAUGAAGAUUUAAAUAUUAAUCAAUUUAUUAUUUUUUUCAGAAAUAAUCAUUUUAAUACAUUAUUUAAAAAAUCAAAUCAAGAAUUUUAUAUUUUAUUAACUGAUUCUUCAUUUAUUAAUAAUAAUAAUAAUAAUAAUACUACUACUGCUACAACAACAACAACAACUAGCAAUAAUAAUAACAAUAAUUCAUCAAAAAUAAUAUGGCAAUCAUUGAAUAGUAUUUCUGGUAAAGAUGAUUUAUUUUUCACUGGUGAUUUUAUUCCAAUUUUAGAUAUUGAUCAAGAUUUACCUAAUGUAAAUAAUGAAUAUAAUUAUAAUUAUAAUUAUAAUUAUUAUAAUAAUAAUAAUCCUGAUUAUUUAUUAUUGAAACAAUUACAAGAAGAAGAAGAUCAGAAAUAUGCUGAAAGAUUACAAAAUACUUAUAAUAAUAAAAAUAAUAAUAAUAAAAAUAAAAAUAAAAAACCACCACCAUUAUCACGUCAACCUAAAGCAACUACAACAACUACAACAACUACAACUACAAAUCCUUUACCAAAUACUAUUGAAGAAAAAUUGAAUUCAAAACAAUCUAUUAAGGAUGAAAAGAAAAAGAAAAAGUUGAAUUGUACAAUUGUAUAA